UUCGUGUGGGUGGAGAAACCAACCAGCUGUAUGGCGUGAAGAACUUCAUUUCCCACGUAGCAUUAGACAGAUGAGCAUGCGCCUACACUGGUGUAAUCGCCAUAACUGGAAGCCGGGGCACGGUUUUGGGUUCGCGGUGAUUCAGAAUGGGGGAAAAGCCGAUUUGGGAACAGAUAGGAUCCAGUUUUGUGCAACAUUACUACCAGCUGUUUGACACGGACAGGACCCAGCUUGGAGCAAUAUAUAUCGAUGCAUCAUGCCUUACAUGGGAGGGACAGCAAUUCCAGGGAAAAGCAGCGAUUGUCGAGAAACUUUCUACUCUCCCCUUCUUAAAAAUAGCUCACAGUAUAACAGCACAAGACCACCAGCCCACACCUGACAGCUGUAUAAUGAGUAUGGUAGUAGGACAAUUAAAAGCUGAUGAGGACCCCAUCAUGGGAUUUCAUCAGAGUUUCAUCCUGAAGAACAUUAAUGAUGCCUGGGUAUGCACCAAUGACAUGUUCCGGCUCGCGCUGCACAAUUUUGGCUAAGGACACCAGAAGUGGGCAGAGUGGAUAUAAGGGAAGGCUGAGGAUGGGGGAAGUCUUGCAGAGACACCUAAAUGCCCAACCUCCUCUCUGUAUCAUCCAUACCUGUUUGAGAAAUUACACCGGAUUCCAGAUGUCAAUCACAGAGACAUGCAGGCACAUAGGCUACAUGCCUUCAACUGAAAUUAGAUCUGUUCCUUUGCUGAGAGUUCACAGAUCCAUCAGAGUCCCUUUCCCUACGCUGACCUGCAUGAUGCUGGGGAGCUUAAAUAUCUGAAGAUGGCAGACAAGGAAAAAAAUGUAACAAUUUACCUUCACCAUUUUAGUUUUAUGUUCAGACUCAAUGUCUUAUAUCCUCAUGUUUUCUCAUCGUACUCCCGUGUGUUAUCAGCUUACCUUAUUGUAUACAACUAAAUCUCUCUUUAAAAGUUUAAUUUAACAUUCAUUGUUAUGUCAGGUUGCUCUAGCAAUCCAAAUAAUAAUAGAAAAUAUUAUCAAUAACAUCCUUAGACCAGCAAGCUUCCCAUUUCCUCCUCAUGCUCUCUGUGACAAUGAAUACAAAAGCCAUGAUACACAAUAAACCGUUUACUUUUUCUUAAUGUGA